AAAGAGCCUGAGGGUCUUCCACCAAGACGACCACUGCUUUUACCAGGGGUCACUAAGGUCAAGGGUCAACUCCUCAGUGGCACUGUCCACAUGCUUGGGGAUGGUUUGAUUCGAACAAUGGAUGCAGACUACUUCCUGAGACCAGUGUCACGUAGCCUCGCAGAGAGGGAGAACUUCACCGCUCCUGGCAGUCACCAGCCUCACAUCCUCUACAGAAGCGACGAGAACACCAGGUCCAAGCGGAGCUAUCGCCGGCCUAGCCGACUUCAGAAGAGAUCCGCUGAUGCAUCUCACCACAAAUCCAACGGAAGCUUACCCUCCUCAGCAGAGCCCACCUACGAGGCCUAUGAAGGAGAUCCAUAUAGACCCCCGCAAAUGCAAACAAGUUACAUCCAUGUUUAUCCGCAUGACAAAAGCAAUGGCACGAGCCAUGGAGACCGACUGAAGCAUCAAGAGAGCCGCCGUCGUCGCAGUGAUUACAGACACGGGGAGAAGCAGAGGCAGCACUUCUGUGGGAGAAGGAAGAAAUAUAUGCCUAAACCUCCAGCGGAGGAUGUUUUUAUCCUUCCAGAUGAGUAUAAGUUUGUCCCCAGGAACAAACGGGCAGUGCUGAUGAAGGAUCAACCCACUCAGAAGCUCAAUGUGGAGACGCUGGUGGUAGUUGACAAAGAGAUGAUGGACAACCAUGGCCAUGAGAACAUCACUACAUAUGUACUUACUGUGCUUAACAUGGUUUCCAGUCUAUUCAAAGAUGGCACAAUAGGAGGCAAUAUCAACAUAGUUAUAGUGGGUCUUGUUCUUUUGGAUGAAGACCAGGAUGGCUUGGUAAUCAACCACCAUGCUGACCACACUUUAAACAGCUUCUGCCACUGGCAGUCAGCUCUUGGAGGCAGAGAAGGCCGGCACCAUGACCACGCCAUCCUCCUCACAGGACUCGACAUCUGCUCUUGGAAGAAUGAGCCAUGCGAUACCCUUGGCUUUGCUCCAAUCAGUGGCAUGUGUAGCAAGUACCGCAGUUGUACAGUGAAUGAAGACACAGGGCUGGGUCUUGCCUUCACCAUUGCACACGAAUCGGGACACAACUUCGGAAUGGUCCAUGACGGUGAGGGCAACAUCUGCAAAAAGUCAGAGGGCAACAUUAUGUCUCCAACAUUGGCCGGUCACAAUGGUAUCUUCUCUUGGUCUCCAUGCAGUCGGCAGUAUCUCAGCCGCUUUCUGAACACUGCCCAGGCGUUCUGCCUAUCAGACGAACCCAGAGCAGUCAAGGAGUACCGGUACCCAGAGAAGUUGCCGGGCGAGCUGUACGACGCAGACACACAGUGCAAAUGGCAGUUUGGAGAGAAGGCCAAACUUUGCACCCUAGAUUUCAAGAAGGAUAUCUGCAAGGCUCUGUGGUGCCACCGUGUUGGGAGGAAAUGCGAGACCAAAUUCAUGCCAGCUGCAGAGGGCUCUGCCUGUGGCCCCAACAUGUGGUGUCGUAGGGGCCACUGUGUGAAGCAGGGUGAUGAAGGCCCCAGGCCUCAGCAUGGCCAUUGGUCAGAGUGGUCAUCGUGGUCUACGUGCUCUCGAAGCUGUGAAAGUGGUGUGACCUAUCGAGACAGGCAUUGCAAUAACCCAAGACCUACCAACGGCGGGAAGUUCUGUGACGGCUCCUCUAGAUCGUACAAACUUUGCAACACAGUGGAUUGUCCCCCCAACACUGCUGAUUACAGAGCAAAACAGUGUGCUGAGUUUAACAGCAAACAGUUCAGAGGAUGGUACUACACCUGGAGACCGUACACUAGAGUGGAUGAUCAAGAUGUAUGCAAGCUUUACUGCCUUGCUGAGGGUUAUGAUUUCUUCUUUGCGCUGGCCAGCAAAGUUAGGGAUGGGACACUUUGUUCCAAGGAUAGUUCCAAUGUCUGUAUUGAUGGAUUGUGUGAGAGAGUGGGUUGUGACCGCAUUUUAGGCUCAGCAGCUGUGCCUGAUGCUUGUGGUGUGUGUAAAGGAGACAACUCUACCUGCAAGAUCUACAAAGGACAGUACACAAAGCAGCAUUAUACUAACCAGUACUAUGGGGUCGUAACCAUCCCAGCUGGAGCUCGGAGUAUCCGUGUCAUGGAACUGAAUACUUCCAGCUCCUACCUGUCUGUCAGGGACACCCAGAGACACUACUACCUUAAUGGACGCUGGACAGUGGACUGGCCAGGGCGUCACCCCAUUGCUGGGACAAUCUUUGAGUAUAAGAGACCAUAUAACAGACCAGAGAGUCUCAUAUCGGCUGGACCUACAAAUGAGACACUGGUGAUAGAGGUAUUGUUGCAGGGCUGGAAUCCUGGCAUAAGUUGGGAAUAUUCUCUGAAGAAAACUGAUGAAAAGAUGAUCAAGAACCACAUUAAACACAGUUAUACAUGGGCUAUCAUACGCUCCCACUGCUCAGCGACUUGUGCUGGAGGACAUAUGCACACCAAGUCUGCAUGCUACAAAGACAGUAGAGUGCAGGUGAACAUGUCCUACUGCAAUCCCAGAACUAGACCAGCAACUGGAAUGAUACCCUGCAACACCCACUCAUGUCCUGCCAGCUGGACUGCAGAAGAGUGGGGGGCAUGCAGCCGUAUCUGCGGAGGAGGGGAGCAGACGCGGCGGGUUCAGUGUGUCCAGAAGACCAGUCAGACCACUGUAGACACCCUGCCCGACUCUCAGUGUCCACAUUCACCCCCGGCCACGAGGCAAGCCUGCAACACACACAGCUGCCCACCAGUUUGGACUACUGGUCCGUGGUCUCAGUGUUCACGGAAGUGUGGCCAUGGUCUGAAGAAGAGGAGUGUGCAGUGCACGAGCAGCAACCCAGGUGCUCAAACUCACACACUGUCUGACAGUGAGUGCGCAGGCCUGCAGAAACCUGCCACUCAAGAAUCCUGCUUUGUCAAACGCUGCCAGAAACAACGGAAGGUCCAAUGGUUUCUCUCCACAUGGCAAGAGUGUUCAGCAACAUGCGGCCGUGGUUAUCAGGCACGCUUCAUCAAGUGUGCUGAAAAGGACACUGCGGGGAAAUACAGAGAGCUUACAGCCAAAAAGUGCUACCAUGUCCCCAAGCCCAAAGUGGAGCUCCAGAGGUCCUGCAUCCUGGCCGAGUGUCCUACCCGAGUUACUCCACCUGUCCAUCGAUGGAGGACGCCUCAUCACCCUCAUCCCCCUCAUCACCCUCAUCCCCUUCAUCCCCCUCAGCUUCUCCCUCAAGUUACAGCUUCACCAGAGUGGCACUCAUCUCCUUGGUCUCAGUGCUCAGUAACAUGUGGAGGAGGGGUGCAGGCCAGGACAGUGCAGUGUCAGAUCCAGGGAAAGCCUUCUACCGGCUGUGUCAGCCAUCUUCGACCCUCAUUGUCUCAGGCCUGCAACACAAACUUCUGCCCACAAUCAGAGAAGAAAGAUCUGGCUUGUAGGGAUUACUUCAACUGGUGCUAUCUGGUUCCCCAACAUGGAGUCUGCAACCACAAGUUCUAUGGCAGGCAAUGCUGCCACUCCUGUUCAAAUUCCAACCUAUAACCAUUCAAAGGGACUGUUGGUGGUACUUAUGUAGCUAGAUAGUGAAAGGACUAUGUUGAUGCCAAUGCGUGGAAAAACAUUGUUUUUUUUAUAAGCAUGUGGCAAGCACUGAUAAAAGUUUAAACGAGUUGCUGUGGCUUUUGCUCUCUCUGUGAUCCUGGACAUCUGAAUGAUCUGAUUCUAACAGAAAGAUUUGGAUGUAGUGGAGUGCAAAUACAGAAGAGGAUUUUGGGAAGGAUGUAAUAAGAUGCAAGCUAAUGGGACAGACAACUUCUGUUCAGAAGACUCACCAUCUCCUGGACAAAAAGUGGCUAGUUGAGGUUUUAAACACUACAAUGCAUCAACAAGUGUGAUGUUUUUUUUUCCUUUAUUGGCUUGGUAUCUAUAAGAGGUCCGAUUAUAAAAAGGGAUGUUUCAAGGAUUCAUUUAAAAUUAAAAAUGCACCCUAGAACUGACAGGAAAACAGAAAAUACCCUGUCAUAAAGUUAUAACCUUUGGAGUCAAAUACCGUUAUAAAAACCAUCAUACACGAGAGACGUAUUUUGAGAUCGGACAUAUCCGUGUGAACUGGCUUUCAUACCUAAUGGUGCUACAAGUUGUCACUUUAACUUCACAGAAACAUUGUGAUAGCCUUAAAAUUCAGGACAGAAUUGUGUCUCCUGUGUACAGUGUUGUUUGUUUUAUUUAUUUGCUUUACGAUUUAGCAUUGCUGGAAGACUGUAUUAUCAAACUGUAUGCAUACACCCUUUCAAAGUGCCUUAACACCAAUACAUUCAUAGUUGUUGUCACACACUGACAAGCCAACAGCUUUUAGCCUUACAUCAUAACCUGACUUGUGUUUUCUUGUGACAUAAACAGUUAAGUUGACAUCAUCACUGGUAACUGUGUUGACAUAUUAUUGCAACCUUUGAUAAGAUAGCCAUGUCUUACAUUUGGCACAGCACUGCAUUACAUAUUGCCUGGGGUCUGAGAGCAAUGACAGGAAGUGGUUAAUGGUCUGACUAUAUGACCUCUUACAUUUUAAGCAGAAUGACAUUAACAAAUGUGUGCCAUGACAUGAGUCCUGAUGUCAUCCAGUGUAGCUUAAAGUGGGAGUGAAUUUAAUCUUCCAGGGAGUAGAAAGUUUGAAACUCUAAAUGGAUGAAUGCAAUGUGGAGAAAAGCUCAGGAGGGAAACGUGAUCUCCUCUGUUAUAUUUCUUUGGCUGAUGCUUUUAAUGCAGCAAGGUGCUUUCACCAUCAGGAUGGCUUUGCCUUUCAGUUUAUUAUUAACAUCCCUAUCGUUAUUACCUGUUUUUCUCUUCAUCAUAGGUGCUAGGCUGUUGUUUUGUAUUGCAUAUCUUAAUACGCAGCUUUUUAUCAGUUGGAUUCAACAAUUGUAUUUUAGGUUUGUAAAAUAAACAUUCUAGCUCUUG